AUGAUUCAGUUGAUAGCCAAAACUAAAUUCUCAUAUAAAUCGCUUUUACCGUUCUUAUUUAAUCAUACAACCACUCGAUAUUCAAGUCAAUUAUCAAAAUCAAAUGAACAAACAAGAAUUUUUUCUUUAUUUGCUCCAACUGUAGCUGAAGUUAAUUUUGUUAGUUCAUUUUCACAUUGGAAAUCAAUUCAAAUGGAAAAAGAUCUUAAUACAGGUAUAUUUCAUAUACCAACAACCUUAAAAAUCCCUGAUGGUGAACAUGAAUAUAAAUAUUUCGUACGAAAAAAUGCUAAACAAAAAUAUUGGACAUCAGUUAUUGAUCCAUAUGUUGAAAAAUAUGAUGCUAAACAUCAACAUGGUUUAAUAACAAUACGUAAUGGAAAAAAAUAUACCGAUACAUACGAAUGGAAAUAUGAUCAUAUAAAAUUACCUGAGAAUGAUCAAUUAAUUAUCUAUGAAAUUUAUGUUGCUGAUUUUACUGAAAAUGGACAAUUUUCAGGUAUUUUAUCAAAAUUAGAUUAUUUAUCUGAUCUUGGUAUUAAUGCAAUUGAACUUAUGCCUGUACAAGAUUAUAUGGGUAACGAACAUAAUUGGGGUUAUAGUCCAACACAUCAUUUUGCUUUGAAAGCAACUUAUGGGACAAAACAUGAUUUAAAAAACCUUGUUGACGAAUGUCAUAGACGUGGUAUUCGUGUAUUUCUUGAUGGAGUUUUUAAUCAUUCAAGUUUAAAAAUUAUUCAGUAUUAUAGCGAAAAACAUCAUCCAGAUGAUCCUUAUUAUUGGGGACCGGAAUUUAAUUAUGAUUAUUAUGAUGAGAAAUUAAAAUCAAAACCAGCUGUAAAAUAUGCUCAAGAUAUAGUUCGAUAUUGGAUUGAAGAAUUUCAUUUAGAUGGUAUUCGUUUUGAUGCUGCUAAACAAAUGGAUAAUUAUAAUAUUUUAUAUGAAUUAGAUCAUGUAGGACGAUCUAGCCGUCGAAAUCAACCUUUUUUUACGCAAGCUGAACAUGUCCCUGAAAAAGUCGAUAUUACUAAAGCAAAUAAGGGUCCUGUUGAUGCAUGUUGGUCAUCUACAUUUCAUGGAAUUGUUUCUGACGUUUUAAUUAAUCAAAAGAAAUUUGAAUUAGAUUCUCUUAAAUAUAUUAUAAGUGCAAAAAAUCUUGUUAAUUAUUUAGCUUGUCAUGAUAAUGAACGAUUAAUGUAUUUAAUUGGUCAUUUAGGUAAAACUUUUGAUAAUGAUGCUUUUCAACGAAUACGUCUUGGUACAAUUAUUCUUAUGACUUCCGUUAGUAUUCCACUUAUAUGGCAAGGUGAUGAAUUUGGUCAAGCGUCUCAAUUAGGUACUAAUGAUCCACAUCGAAAAAUCAUUUCUAUGGAAUGGUCUCUAUUAAAAAACGAACAAAAUAAAAAUUUAUAUAAUAUAUUUAAACGUUUAAUACAAUUUCGACAUACAAUAUUAAAUAAAGAAAAAUACAAUAAAGUUAAUUUCAUUUAUACAGAUAUUAAUCAACGAAUUUUAGCUUAUACAAGAUCGAAUGAUACAGAUAAUGAAGAUAUUCUUAUUAUUACAAAUUUUUCUAAUCAGAUAAAAACUGACAUUGAAAUAAAACAUAUAUUACAUAAUGGUCAAUGGAUUGAUUGGUUAACGAAUGAUAUUUUUACAGUAAAUAACUCAAUGCUCAAACUUGAUCUCAAACCAUUUGAUGUUAUUUCAUAUUCACAUAAUACAAAUCGUUUAUACAAUCUACUUCGUCGAUCUAUGAAUAAAAACGAUGAUUCACUAAUAUCAAACGUUCAAACUUCUAAAUUUAUACGUUCACUAAUACCUAUAUCAAUCCAUCAGCAAUCAAGUUCAGUAGAAGAUAAUGAACAAUUCGAUGAAGUAAAACGUGACGCUUGGGAUUCAGGUGAAGAACAAUAUUUUAAAUGGGCUUCGUUAAAUCGUCGACCUAUGGAAUCAUUAGUAGGACGAAAACGAUCCGCCGAACUUAUUAUAUCAGGACCACGACCUAGUCGAAUUGUUAAUGGUAUAUGGCGUACUGGACUUGUUGGUUAA